GCUAAAAUAAGUUUUCUUUGUUUCCAGUGUACUUGGGGGAUUCCGUAGUAGUGAGUGCAACGAUACUGGAUGAUGUCCUCCUCAACACGGCUGCAGUGGUGGCGAACUGUUCCUCCUGCUGGAGGAACGCCUCCUCGAGCAACUCGACAACGAACGACACCGCAGUGUUGGACGACGAGGACGUGCCAACGACCAGUACAGUUGUUAUCAUAUUCUUAUCUACUAUAUUAGGCCUUAUGAUUCUUGUUACCGUUGUAGGUAACGUAUUUGUUAUAACUGCAAUAUUUAUCGACAGGAAUUUGCAAAAUGUUGCCAACUACCUCAUUGUUUCCUUGGCUGUUGCUGAUUUGAUGGUUGCUUGUCUAGUUAUGCCACUAGGUGCAGUUUAUGUGAUAAGCAACAACUGGAUGAUGGGUCCAGAAGUAUGUGAUAUGUGGACAUCGAUUGAUGUUCUUUGUUCCUCAGCUUCUAUAUUACAUUUAGUAGCCAUUGCGUUAGACAGAUUUUGGGCAGUGACAAAUGUGGACUAUAUGCACACAAGGAAUAGAAGAAGAAUAAUUAUAAUGAUAGCGGUAGUGUGGGUAAUAGCUCUUAUAGUAUCAUUGUCCCCACAAAUACCACAGUUCAAGGAUCCUGACUAUAUCUACAGGAUAGAAGUGAAAAAGCAAUGUCUUGUCAGUCAAGAUGUCAAAUACCAAGUAUUUGCAACAUUUUCCACCUUCUACCUGCCCCUGCUGAUCAUCUUCAUCCUCUACUGGAAGAUAUUCCAAACGGCUCGAAAGCGGAUACGGAAACGUCGAGAUCUGAAGAGCGGGGAGCCGCAUGCAAAUGCCGGCACUGUCAGGUCGAGUAACAGUAGCAAGAGUUCAGAUAGUUUCGUAGCGAGGCGCUAUAUAAAAAUUAAAUGUAGCAAAAAGCCCUCGGCUGAAGUGCUCACGACGUCACUUCUCUUAGUCGAAGGACAGUCCAUAGUAGGAACUGAUGAUGCAGAUGGUACACAUGGAAGCGAUGUAGCUAGUGAAGAAGAAACUACGACAUUUACAACCAAUAAGAGAGAACCUGAUGUAGAUAGCACCACACAGUCUUGUAAUGCUUCUCCUAAAAGGCUUCUGCCCACACAAAGUAAUGGUUCUGUAAGCAGGAAUUCGACUGCAAAUAAGGAAACUCCAACACAUAUUGCGAGGAAGGAGAAGAAGGAAUCGAUAGAAGCCAAGAGGGAACGCAAGGCUGCCAAGACUCUAGCGAUCAUAACUGGAGCUUUUGUCAUGUGUUGGCUGCCAUUUUUUAUUUUAGCGCUUUUGUUGCCUCUGUGUGGAGAUGCUUGCAAUAUUAGUGGAUAUGUAAUGAGCUUCGCAUUGUGGCUAGGCUACUUUAACUCUACGCUAAAUCCAGUAAUCUACACUGUCUUUAGUCCCGAAUUCAGGCAGGCCUUCAAGAGGAUACUUUUCGGACCACAACGACAAAGAGGAAGUUACAGAUCUGGUAGAUUAAAAUAAAUUUUCGAAAAAAAGAUUAUUAUAUUGGUACGUGGAAAUGAAAACGCAUAGUAUAGAAAAUAAUUCUGAAAGAUCUGACAAAGAGGGAUCUCCAGGACUGAAACAUGAAUUUCAUCAAAAAAUUAGAUACAUAAACCACAUCAGGAUUUCGAAAAAUCAGUAUUUUUGAACUUAUGGGAAGUAAAUAAGAUUUGAAUUCGCUAUAGUACAUAUCACUUACAGGAUCUUUUUAGAUGAAAUCCAUGGUCCGGCCGUAAAGGUCUAUUUUUGAAAGUGAGAAUACGUUCUUAUCAGAUGCAUUUCCUUUCCUUGUACCUCCAUUACACGUUCUGCAUGUGUGUAUACGUUCAAAGCAAUUUGACGGUCCCAUUCAGGUUUCUUGAAAAUAAAAUUCUCGGGUGAUUUAUCAUGCCUUGAAUACUUAUACUCUCACUUUAAGAAGUUUCAUGAGGCAUUUCAGCACAUACGCGACUCGGAGGGAUGCAUAAAUUGCUCACAUUUAGCAUUGCUCCUUGGCAUGUACGAUUUAAUUUAAUAUUAGUAACUUUGCUAGUGUAACCGAAUUCGACUCUUUUUUGGUGUUUUGCAGAACUGUAAGCGAUAUAUAGUUGUUUGAAAUGGAUCGAAUUCGAGUAGUAUGUUGCCACGAAUUCCCUACAGCUUAGGUAUCAUACAGAACUCAAAAUGACACACUGUAUAGAUUCUUCCCACCAAAAACAAAUUCUACUAUAAGACGUUAUUUUACGACGGCUAUUUUUAAAGUAAGAACCGAUUGAGUAUCGUGAUCGCUCAUCCUAUCACGUGACGUCCGUUCAGUCUCAGACACUCUUGGCCAGAUUUUCGGUACGCUGCCAUAACGUUUUACGCCUCAGUCGGUGUUGGUUGCGUGGUUAUACUGCUUUGUUUGUCACCAUGUCACUCAAUGAGCCCUGACUAUGAAGUGCGAUUAGUAACUCGCAAAAAAGUUCGUCCUGCUAUAAAAGCUGAGAAAUGCUGUGAUACAUUAAUGAUGCUUAAGAGCGCUAUUCAAAGCCGCUGACAGGACCUGCUCUUCGCCGGCCUCAUUCAUCUUCACGGCAAUGCUCGGCCUCACGACAAGAACAAAGACGAAGUCUUGCUGGGAAUUAACGGAUCAUUCACCAUACGGCCCCGAUUUAGCACCAUCAGACUUUCUGUUUUUUACAAAACUUGAGGAAUUUCUCGGUCAAAGCCUUGGAAAAUGAUGACAUGUUGAUAGAAACUGUCAGGCGGCAGCAUUCUUUGACGACGAGAUCCAAAAUCUGGUGCCACGAUUUGACGAAUCUUUAAAUGUUUAAAGUGACUAUGUUGAAGAUUGAAAAAAAUAUAUACAGGGUGACUUUGAAGUUGAGUCAUUAAUUUUCAAAUAAUGAUUGUAGAAGGAAGAUAAACCAAAAUAUGUGUGUAAAAAUAAAAAAAAAAUUAAAAAAAAAUUUUACCUUGUUUUAUAAAGUAUCCUCCCGACAAGUAUUUCAGUGCGGACCUGUAUUUGAUCGUGAGGUCUUGGAACACCAGCAUGCCGUCCCCUGUGGGGUCUUAAGUCACCUGAUUCACGAGCCCGUUGUACUACAUUAACAAAGGCACGAGGGGUUGGUUACACUCGAUUGGGAAACCGAUCCGCAUAAACAUGUGCCAUUUUUUAUUUCUCGUUUGAGCCACGCAACAGACACCACUAUUCACUCCGCGUUACCGACUGACACUGACUGUAUACGUAUACAACUGAAUAAAAUAAUUGUAAAAACAUCGUUCCAAAUUCUUUCGCUUUUUUGUUUCCGAUGCGAUGAACCGAUAAGGCGGAUUAUAUCCGUUGUUGCCAAACACGAGCACAUAAUAUUGUUAUUGAGACAGGGCGGUACUCAAACUUCCAAAGGGCUAUAACUUUGUUACUUUAAUUUUACCAGAAAAAUGGUAAAGGAAAAAAACAUUUCUUUUGAUCAGAUCUACUCACUGUUAAAAUAAAUGACUCAACUUCGAAGUCACCCUGUAUAUUUUAGUUUAUAAAUGAAGCUUCUCUGACUCCAUUUCAAAACAGUACUUACUAAAAAAAUAGCCUCUUGCAAAUAUGUCUUGUGAUAAUUUAUUAAAUAAUACCUCGAGUGCUUCUGUUUAGAGGAGGUAUGUCCGACUGAUCGAUUACCCCUCUCUAACGGACAGUCUUGGGACCCUUUCGCACAGACGUACCGUCGAUGAUCUGGCUCUGUUAUGCCGCUGUGUCAUCGAGCUUUGCCACCCCGCGAUGGGUCUGCCAAGCAAACUUGCCUGGCUUCGACCUCCCACCCCAACCGUGUCGAACUUUGUACAACCAGAACUGGUACGACCGUUAUUAGGCCCCAGAGGUGUCGAUUAAAGAAUCUGCCUCUGGAGGCUGGUCCCAAAUCUAUUAACCUUGAGCAGUUCAAACAUCAAAUGAACUUAGACUACUACCUACGUGCCUGCUUCAGUAUAAGAAAAUUCUACAUUACGAGUAUAACCUCUGCUGCUUUUGUAUCGUCAAUUGCACAAAUGGUCCAAGAAUGCCGAUGGACGAAAAAUUGCACCAGUCUUUCGUUGUGGAUUGGUUGAUUGGGUUUUCUGAUCCCCAAAUGCAUCGGUUUGUUUUUGGACAUAACCUUCGAGGAGAAGCUGAGCUUUGUAAGCCCUUAUACCGAGUCUUUUAUGCAAAAUUCUUCCAAGAGAAGUGCCAGAGGUAUUCAGUUCGUGAGACAGAUGCCGUGUUGAUGUUGAUCGAUGUUCUUGCACGUUUCGAGUAAUAGCAAUGUUUUAGACUGCACGCAGUGUACGAAAGCGGCAAUAAUGAUCCGGCCUCACAAACUGGUCCACAAAUUCAAUUGAUGGUCUGUCUUAUAUACCAAAUUUUCGUAACUAAUUCAAAUUUCAAAUACCAAAUGGCUCACCAUAUAUGACCAUGGUGCAAUCUAAAAAAUAAUACAUUUUUGCUAUCUUUGUUGGAGUAAGAAAGAUAAUUUCAAUUCUUGAACGCGACAAUACGGAAAGAGAACUCCAUUGUGUGUUUUGAUUUAUGUUUCGGGCAGCUUGGUGGCCUUUUUUAAGUACAACGGCAAUUGGUGGUAGCCGAACCGUCGUACAAUAAACAGAAAUUGAAAUAUAUAUGGAUUGCUAUGAACAUAAAAACCACAAAGAAAAAUAGGAGUUACAGCAAUAUAGAAAUUUAACUCGCAUCCAUUAACAGAUUUGUAUCCCGACAGUUUGCAAAAUUCCAAUAGUAAGAGAGGAAUUUGUUAUGAAAAUUAUUUAUUGUGAAUUUAACGAUAAGGAUCUACUCUAUGAUCUCUUCAAACCACUUCAUGAGGUUAAUGAGCCCUAACCUCAAUAGGUGGGGUGAGGUCAUACUGAUUCAGGAAAAGCUGACAGGGCAGAGGCAAUGAAACAUUUGAUCACUUUACCUUAAGGAGAGGAAUAGAAAUCGCAGUCUAUUUCUUAUUACCAAUUAAUGUAUCAUGAGUGCAUUUAAACUAUUAUUGUGACAUCGUACUCGGAUACAACUAUUUUAUAGAAUCAAUAUGAGCUUCACAUUAUCACAAUGAGAAUAUCUGAACGCAAUGCUAAAGCUUGGAGAUACUAGAUCGUAAAAACGUGUGGAACAGUUAUAGACAUUUAAGACAUUCCACUAAAGCGCCGCAAUUUCGGAUAUAAAUAAACUUGAAACAUUGAACCUAAUUUGAAAACAAACCUCAUUCUCUGAUUCCUUAGUAACUUCGACUUUUAAACCGUUCUCAUAACAAGGUCGGAAAGUAAAAAUAUCUUGUUAGCGCGACAAAUGCUUGAGUUUAGCAAUACAUAUAAUAAAUAUAGUUAAUGCGUAUGUGAUCAAUUUUUCUCAAUUUUGAACUGCCCUGACAACAAAGCCUGAAUAGAUUUUGAAUGAAUUGCAUCUUCAAGAAACCUACUCCUUCUUAAAAUAUGUACAUAAAUAUAUUAUAUAUAAGAUAUAUAAAGAAUGUUUAUCAGAAGAAAUAAGUAUACACUGUUAUGAGAGACUUCAGCUACACAGAUAUGGAAAACUUUCAUUACGGCAAGAUUUUAGACCUGAGAGAUUAAAGGUAUGUUGUGUCUCUCGCAGUGUACAACUACGGCCACACAAGUGGUUUCGAAUACUUGGAAAAAGUCGGUAUUUAUUGAACCAAGAGAGUUUUUCGUCUAUGCGUAGCAGUCUUAUAAUUUUUUUUGCGAAAUUUUUCGUGUUGAAAGUGCAAAUAUGUAUUUAACGCGAACGAAUGCACGAUAGUUUUUGUAAGGUUUCUUUAAAUAAAAUAUAUUGUAAUAAAUUA